CAACUAAACAGGAAAUCCUCCGGCGGACUUUUCUCGCUAAGGAAACACAGUACUCCCAGUAACAUUACUUAUCCCAGACAAUAACUCGCCAUGGAAACGAAAAGACCGCAGAAAACCACAGAUGUCUUCGAGCCAGAAGAUGAGGAAAAGAAGAAGGCAGCUGCAGCCCUGGUAGCAGCCAACCGUUUGCCAGAGCUUCGUCUGGUGCUGCUGGGAUGGAGGUGGCCCGGAAAGAGCCUGACAGGCAACACCAUUCUGGGGCGGGAGGAGUUUCACCUGGAGAGAGCGACCGAGUUCAGUGUGAAGAGACAGACAGAAGUUGAUGGACGGCAGGUGAUUGUGGUGGACACACCAGGCUGGUUCUCUACACAGAGUACACCGCCCUCAUACCAGCAAGAGAUUGUUAAAGGGGUCUCUAUGUGUUCACCAGGCCCACAUGCCUUUUUGCUGGUCAUUCCUGUGGGCAUGUUUUCAGAGGUGGACCGGGCUCGCGUUGAGGAGCACCUGAACCUGUUUGGGGAGCACGUGUGGAGGCAUACGAUUGUGGUGUUCACUUGGGCAGAGGUGCUCAAGAAUAUUUCCAUAGAGAGAUACAUCCGUAGGGAGGGUAAAGACCUGCAGUGGGUACUAGAAAAGUGUAAGCGGAGGUACUUCGUCAUCAAUAAUUUCAUAUUCGGUGCGCACCCACAGCUAGGGCGCUUAAUGGAGAGGGUGGAGAAAAUGGUGGCAGAGGAGGGGGACUUCUACAGCCCGGAGGAGAUAAAAGAGAAAGGAUCUCUAGACGUGAACCAGAACCCGUCUCAGAACCAGAUGAGAGAGGGGCGGGAGUUGGGAGCACGGCCCAAACAAAAGUCUGUCCUGGGUCUUGCUAAAGCCGUGGAGGUGGACCCAUCUUGCAAUUAACCCAACAUGCUCAGUGGAUGAUGGACCCUCAGAACCAACAAAACUGGACUCACUAGACCACCAUUUUACUGACCGUAACAUUGCUCAGUUGCUAUCCGAGAUCUAUCCUUGGAUCAGGGAAAUUCCCUUCAAGUUACUGGAUCUGCAAACAAGUACGACUGACUGUUCUUCUGACAACAUUAUAGAGAGAUUAUAAACAUAGGCUGCUGUAUGUUUUUAUGGUGUGAAGUUGCAGUCAUAACGUACUGUUUUAUUUUAUUAGAAUGUUGAAACAGGAAUCCAUUUUCAUGUUAUCCAAACAUUUUUGCCACCUAUUCAACAAAUGAGGCCUUUUUGGGUUGUCUAAUGUGUUCAUGAAAGAUCGAAAAUCUGUCUACUUACAAGGCAGCAUGGUGGGACACAUUCAUUUGUGUCUGUAACAAGGAAAUACGAACUGUUACUCAAGCAACUGUUAAAUAAUUCUGAACUCAACACUUUUGCCCAUGGCACAAUUGCACUAAAUUGUUACUGUCAUGUCUGUUCAGGGAAAUGGUUUAAAAAGAAUCCCACCUAUUGUGACCAAACAGAAAAUGUUCUUAUUUUGCUGCAUUGUUCUAUUGUACCAUCAGUGUAUCAUUUUUAAAGCACUUGCGGAGUUACUGUUUUUUUUUCGUCUUGUAUGUAAACUGAUGAGCCAAAACAUUGAGACCACCUGCAUAAUAUGCUAGUGGUCCUCCAUGUGCUACCAAAACAGCACUGACCCACUGAGGCAUGGACCCUACAAGACCCCUGAAGGUGUCCUGUGGUAUCCUGGCACCAAAACAUUAGCAGCAGAUCUUUCAAGUCCUGUAAGUUGUGAGGUGGAGCCACUAUGGAUCGGACUUGUAGGUUCAGCACAUCCCACAGAUGCUCAAUCAGAUUGAGAUCUGGAGAAUUUGGAGCCCAGGGCAACACGUUCCUCAAACCAUUCCCAAACAAUGUGUGCAGUGUGGCAGGGCACAUUAUCCUACUGAAAGAGACCACUACCAUCAGGGAAUACCACCAUUGCCAUGAAGGGCUGUACCUGGUCUGUGAGUGUUUUGGUAGGUGGCACAUGUCAAAUUGAUGUCCACAUAAAUGGCCAGACCAAGGGUUUCCCAGCAUAACAUUGUCCAGAGCAUCACACUCCCUCCACUGGCUUGUCAUCUUCCCACAGUGCAUCCUGGUGCCAUCACUUCCCCGGGUAAACGGCAUACAUACAUGGCCAUCCACGUGAUCUAAAAGAAAACUGAACUCAUCAGACCAGGCAACCUUCUUCUACUGCUCCAAGGUCCAGUUCCAACACCCUCGUGCCCAUUGUAGGUGCUUUCGACAGUGGACAGGGGUCAUCAUGGGUACUCUUAACCAGUCUGUGGCUACGCAGUCCCAUAUACAGCAGGGUAUGACGCAUUGUGUGUUGUGACACAUUCCCCCAAUAACCGUGAUUAAAAUUUUCUGUGACUUGUGCCACAGUAGACCUUUUGUUGGUUUGGACCAGAUGGGGUAGCCUUCAUUGCCUCUUCUCCUCGAUGAGCCUUGGGCGUCUGACACCCUGUUGCCGGUUUGUGGUUUGUCCCUCCUCGCACCACUGUUGGUAUGUACUCACCAUUGCUGACCGGGAGCAGCCCAUUAGCCUUGCUGUUUCAGAGAUGCUCUGACCCGGUUGUCUGGUCAUUACAAUUUGGCCCUUGUCAAAGUCACCCAGGUCUUUGCUCCUGCCCAUUUCUCCUGCAUCCAACAUGUGGACUAUGAGAACUGAUGGUUCACUUACCAUCUAAUCUACCCCAACCUUGACAUGUGCCUUUGUUUGGACAUAAUAUUGGGUUCACCUAUUGUUGGUCAUAAUGUUUAGGCUCAUCAGUGUAUAUCUUGCCUUAUAGCCAUUGCUUUGUAGUAGUGCCCUUAAUGGACCUGCUUUGUAAAAGUAAUUCUUGGUGGGUAUGAAUGUUGUUUUAUAUUGUCACUGAACUGAAAAGUGCAGCAAAGUCAAUGAUGUGAAAGUGAGUUCACACAUACAGGCUCCAGUGAAAGUAGCGUAAACAGCAAUGUGUGCCUUCCAAACUGUUCACCGCUGGUUUUUAAUUAUAUCUGUUAAGCUAAUGACAAUCAUUACAUGCACUAUAAGGGCUGAACAGUGAUUCACUAUUAUUGUUUAUCUUUCAGUUGUAUUGUAUAGGGAUGAAAUUUGAAUAUUGUCAUAUUGUGAUUCACAAUUCUGUUGCCUAAAUGAAUGAUGAGAAUUUUUUAAUGCUACCUAAAAUUUAUCAAAAAAAUCAGGGCUGAAAUAUUUGAGGGGCUAUUAUUUGAAAAGUAGUUUUUGGUUUCAUAUUAUGCUUUACUGUGCUUUGAGUGGUCGGUAGACUAGAAAAGCACCCUAUAAAUGCAGUCCAUUUACUAAACAGUUCAAUGCGAUGAACCUCAGUUGGGUUGUUGAAAAGGUAUUUUGGCAUAUGUAAGCAGAUAAUGUGCUAUAUAAAAUUCCACAAUCCUCAUUGUGAUAUUUUCCAUAUUGCCCAGCACUAUAACAUCCAAUGCUGGUGAAAUACUAACCUGAUUGUUUGUCUAUCAAAUAAGGAAAGAUAAAGCCAGAAACAUGAGCCUGGUGCUGAUAUUGUUACUUAAAGGAAUAUUUUUUUUCCAUUUUAAUUUGCUCCUUGAAAUACACGGUUCUUUGUGUAGCACAUGCAUCGUGUUACUUUUGAAUAAUUUAUGAGGGAAAAGGUUUCAGCGCUCUGUGGUUUAACCUCAAUGGUGUCCUCGCAGGCUUACGACACGUUUUCCACUCCAUACAGAUUUGUGAGCAAACUAAAUCGUUUUACUUUGAUAUGUGCUUUACUGUUUUUUUCUAUUAUAUCCAAAUAAACGUAUAUAUUUGAUUCCA